GGAUUUUUCGAUCGUAUCCGCGGCAACCGCCGCUCAGAAAGCUGCGCGGAACAAAUUCGUCGUUAUGGAGCUUGGCUACAAUGGCGAAUCGUCUACGACUGUACGAUGAAUCGUGACCGUUGUUCAAUCUCGCUGCUUACUCUAUCUUCCUUUCUUAAUGUAGCUCCUUCUCUAUCCUCCUCCGUCGACUUCCACUGCGACCUGCUCGGGCGUUCCUUGCCCCUCCGCCUUCCGCCAGUUCACGCGCCUCGUUAUUUGCGUUGAAGAGCUAUGACAUUGUUGCUGCCAGGCCAGGCCUCUGAACCAGACUGCGUUUGAUUCCGUUUGCGAGAGAGCUGAGUGUGGAGAAAUCACAUCUUCUGAACUCUGAUCUUGUUAUUGUGGACUUUCAAUCCAGGAGGAAAAUGAUAUCCAAUGCCAAGUGUCUUUGCAGGACUCUCAUACCUAUUGCUUUAAGGAGAAAGCACUUUUUCAAGGAGGCUAUCAGAAAUGAACUGAUUUCAUCCAGUGGGAAAUGUGAUUCUGUGGACAUGCCUAAAUGGGAUCCCAUCUCUAGUGGUGAAGGUGAUUUGAUACUGGAGGUGACAUCCAUCUUUGCCUCAUUAAGGAAUUGAAAACCACAAAAAGGCCAUUGAUUUUCCUUCUCAUAUUAUGCCACAUGGUUUCCAAGUGAAGAAUCUGAUAAGGCAAUUGGUGCAUCUGUUGGAAUUGAUGGGAUGUCUGAAAGCUACAGCAGGCUUGUUAUUCUUGCCAAGUUGAAGAGUCUUCAACUGAUAAAACUAACAUUUGAGCAUCAAACCCCUGUUUUCUUGAAUUCUGAAAUGUUAGAAAAUGAAACAUGUAAGUCUUU